AUGACUGAUAUCCUGGUGUUAGGCGCGACCGGCUUUACAGGUCGCCUCAUCACGCGACACCUCGUUAACCACCCCGAACGGACAUCAUUCACCCUCGGACUUGCUGGAAGGUCCGAGUCCAAGCUCGAGGAACUCAAGCGCAGCCUCGGACUGGACCAAAGUGUCAAGCUGUAUCAAAUAGAUGUCACGGAGCGUAACCAGAUCGAAGAUGCAGUCAAGAGCGCGAAGGUCAUUAUCAGUGCCGUCGGACCGUAUUGGAGAUUGGGUGCGGAGGUAGUCAGAGCGUGCGUAUUACAUGGGAAGCACUACGUUGAUCUAUGCGGAGAGUCGCACUUUACUCGCCACAUGAUUCUGCGCUGGGACUACGUCGCGACCAAGACCAAAGCAAUCAUUGUCUCAUCAUGCGGACUCGACUCUGUCCCAGCCGAUCUCCUGGUCUACCUCGCGAACAAGACUGUUAAAGCCGCUGCUGGACCUCACGCUGGGCUGGGCAAGUCUCUGACCGUCUAUCGCGUAGCAGGAGGUGUCUCCGGUGGAACAUUAUCGACAAUUUCCAGCACGUUCGACAUCCCGUCGCCCAUCAUUUCGGAAGCUUUAGCGGACUAUUCACUGAGCACUGGUAUUCAAGGCGUUCCAAGUGCGCGGACCAGCCUAUAUUACCCCGUGCCGUAUGCGUCCCCUCCCGAGUACGGGAUGGUCUAUCCAAUGGCACAACCAAACAUCGCGAUUGUGCAGCGGACAUGGGGCCUCCAUCAGCUUGCGACGAUGAAGCUUAAGUUCCACUUGCAGGAGGAGGAGGCGCGGAGCUACGGGCCAGCGCUUUCGUACCAGGAGUGCGUCGUUUUUGACAGCACGUCCAGUAAGCCGUACGCGUUGCUCGCGAGUCUGGCAUACUAUGUGUCCUUGGCGAUGCUGUUCUUUUUGCCUCCGGUUCGAUGGUUGUUCCAGCGGGUGGUGACGCAGCCCGGGGAUGGUCCUUCUAAUGAAACGAUGGAGAAGGGUUUCCUCGAAGCAAUCAACUACACAUCAUCCGCACCCAGCGUUGAUACGCCUCGAGUUGAGAUCAAGACUGUUAUGCGCGGUCAAGGAGACCCAGGAUACCUGCUUACCGCCGUCAUGAUCUCCGAGUCGGCGUUAGCACUGCUGCUCGAUCAGACCGCUCUGCCGCCGCUGGCGCGGGAGGGCGGCGUCCUCACUCCCGCGAGCGCACUCGGCGAUGUAUUGAUCAGGCGUCUAGAAAAGUCUGGGCAUUUCCAGUUCGAGAGCCAGAUGGUUGGUGCGCAGAUCGAAGAGGGAAGGAAGGGGCGGUGA